AGAGAGACACGUUUCUGCCCGGCCGACAGGCAGACAAACAGACGGCAGGACGGAGGCGAGGGCUGUGGCUGCGAUUGGCGGCUCGACGGCAGGCUGGUGGAAGAUGUCGUCGGGGGCCGGCGGGCGGGCUUGUGAAGCGGAAGAGGGCCCAGUGGGCAUCCCCUUCCCCGAGCACAGUGCCGACCUGCUGGAUGGCCUUAACCGGCAGCGGCACAGCGGUCUGCUGUGUGACGUGCUGCUGGUGGUUCAGGAGCGCGAGUUCCCAGCGCACCGCUCCGUUCUGGCCUCCUGCAGCUCCUACUUCCACAAACUCUUCACCUCUGGCCUGGCUGCUGAGCGGCAAAGCGUCUAUGCACUGGACUUUGUGUGUGCCGAGGCGCUCGCCGCACUGCUGGACUUCGCCUACACGGCCACACUCACAGUCAGCCGCAGCAGUGUGACCGACAUCCUGAGCGCCGCACGCCUGCUUGAGAUCUCGCCUGUCCAAGAUGUCUGCACACACCUGCUCGACACCAAAGUGCUCUCCCCGCCGACGUGCGAUCGAAAAGAAGAUGAACUGGAAGAAGAUGAGGAGCGUGGACGUUGCAGCCGAGUACGCGCUCGUGAGUACUUAGAGUUCUUCCAGCGGGGGGCGCAGUGGAGCAGCAGCUGCAGUACGCCAGAGCUCAGGGACCUGCCCGCACAACUGCACUUUAGCCAGCGUAACGGCGCUGACAGAAACGGCACCCCAUCCAGCUACUUCAAUCCCCUUGCCCCAGCCCUGACAAUGCACCCUCCGCCCGAACCCGAGGACAGCCACGGAGAGCGGCAGGACACCAAGGACGUGCUGCUCUGGACUCAAGGGAACGGCACUGAAGCGCUCUCGCAUUUCUAUGUCCCGUCCUCACAGAAUGGACACUACUACCUCCAUCAGGUCGAGCCCAAAACAGAGCGGGAAGCAGAGGCGGUGCGGGAGACAGAGAGAGGACCUGCUAGUGCGCUCCUUCAGCAGAUGAUGGACUCUAUAGAGCGGCAGAAAGAGAGACCGGCGGGGGUCAAAGAUGAGGGUGAUGAUGGAGAGGACCACGAUGUAGAGUUUUACUUGAAGUACUUUAACAGUGUGCAGCGCGAGGAAGUAUCUGCGCCCCUCUGGACCUCUGUCCGAGGUGCAGGAGGUGGAGGCCCUGGGGGGCAGCCUAGCACAGGGGGUGCAAGCGGCGAGAGAAAGAUGCGCUCCAAGGCCUUCCAGAAGUGCCCUAUAUGCUCUAAGGUCAUCCAGGGUGCAGGCAAGCUGCCCCGCCAUAUUCGUACGCACACAGGAGAGAAGCCCUAUGAGUGUGCCAUCUGUAAAGUGCGCUUUACCAGACAAGACAAGCUCAAGGUUCAUAUGCGCAAGCAUACAGGAGAAAAGCCUUACCUGUGCACGCAGUGUGGUGCUGCCUUUGCCCACAACUACGACCUAAAGAAUCACAUGCGCGUUCACACAGGCCUGCGUCCCUACCAGUGCUCCAGCUGCUUUAAGACCUUUGUGCGCUCAGAUCAUCUCCAUCGUCAUUUGAAAAAGGACGGCUGCAAUGGCAUCCCUUCUCGUCGUGGUCGCAAGCCUCGCCUGAGAGAGCCUGAAGUGCUCGAGGCCCCUCUGGAGCUUACAAGUGCAGGGCAGAGAUCCGCCAGGGGCCGGCGGCAUCCAGAGGAGGAGGAAGAUGAGGAGGAGGAGAGCAUUAGUGUGGCAGUCAUGGAAGAUGCUCAUGAAAGCCUCACACACAGCCCGCUUGCUGACAGAGAUGUUCGAGGAGAUGCAACAGUGAGGCGAAGGGACGCCAUGACGCCAUAAAUGGUGCUGGUGUCACAGA